AUUUUAAUUACGGAUGUUAAGCAAAUAUUCAAUAAGAUCAUUAACUCUAUUACGAUUCCCAAGAUAUAGGUUUAGUUAAUAGCAAUAAAAUCAAAAAGAGAAAUAGGAGGAUGAAUGGGAUGAGAGAACUCUUGAAGCUGAAGAGGCAAAUCCAAGAUUGGAGAAUAGAGAGAAAGCAUUUUCAUACUUUCGAUUAUUUUCAAGAAUAUUUUGGUGGACAACAUCUGCUUUAUUUGGUUAUAAUUUAUACCUUAAUAAUUAUAAAAGUGAUCCAACCAAUGAAUUGGGUAACAUAAUAAAUAUGAUAUAGGUUAUUAAAAAUAAAUAAAUGAUGCUGCAAAAUAUUGUUAAGAUCAAUAUUAAGGAUUUGUUGAUGUAAUAGUUUAAUUUAAUAUUAUAGUUUAUGACUAAGCCAGCAAUCGAUAAAUUAUUACCAGAUAUCCCUGAAUUACCAUUUGGAUAUGAAAUACCUAAAACAUUGGUACUUAAUAUAUCUAGUACAUUAUUGCAUAUGGAUUACGUUUUUGGUGUUGGGUAAUACAUCCAAAAUUAAUAAUUAUUAGAGGAGAAAUCAAAAGAAGAAAUGGGUUAUAAAGAUUCCUUGAUAAAUUACCUAAAAUGUAUGAGGUUGUAAUAUUGAGUGAUGAUGAAACUAUGGUAUAUAUAAUUAUUCUUAUAUAGUUUACUCAAUAAAUUUGUCAAAAAUUGGAUCCUACUAGGUAGAUUUUUGCUGGUGCUUUUGGCAGAGAAUCUAUGGUAUUUGAAAAAGGAAGAUAUAUCAGAGAUUUGAAAUAUCUUAAUCGUCCACUUAAUAGAAUUAUAGUAGUUGAUUCUGAUCCUGAGAGAAUGUACUAGUAUCAAGAAAAUGGUAUAUUCAUCAAACCCUUUGAUGGAAAAUAAAAUGAUGACGUUUUAAAAGAUGUACUUUUGCUUCUAGAACGUAUCUGAUAUUAUUUUAACUUCAGAUCUCUCUAAACCUCAAAUUAAAGAUAUUAGAGCAGAACUUAGGAAGUUUGGAAACUUUGAUCCUCAGGUCAAAUAUUUAGAAGAAGUCAAAGCUAGAGAAAUCAACAUCAAAUAAACUAUGAACAAAAGCUUCUUUGGAAUCAUUAAUCAAAAAAAAAAUCCUUAAUUUGAAUAAUCUAGAAGAUAAUGAAAUAAUUUAAU